CUGUUCCCCAUUUCCUGGAGACUUUAAAAGGCCGCAGUUGCGGGUUUUGGUUUAGUUAAACCGACAUCAUGGUUUCAGAGAAAGACAUUCUCGUGGCUGCUGCUGUUUUUGUUUUUGCCUUCAUUUCACACAGUGAGGGUAUAAUUGGUGGCAGAGAGGCAGUGCCACACUCUCGGCCCUACAUGGCCUCCAUCCAGGUGCCAGAAGGAGAUACAAUGAAGCAUGAGUGUGGUGGGUUUGUGAUUGCAGAUCAGUGGGUGAUGACUGCAGUGCACUGUCUGCCGACAGGGCCAAAUGGAAGGAAAGUAGUGUUGGGUGCCCAUUCUCUGAGUGAACCUGAAGAAACAAAGCAGACCUUUGACAUUUUGGAACUUUACAAUCACCCAGACUUCAGUAUGUCAAAUUAUGAUAAUGACAUUGCUUUAAUUAAGCUGGAUCGUCCAUUCAAUGUAUCUGAAGCUGUUAAAGCAGUGGAAUACCUGCGAACAGGUGGCACAAACCCUGACACAAAUGCAGAGGUCGACACAGCUGGCUGGGGAUCCCUCGAUAACCUUGGAUCAAGACCAGACAAGCUCAAAGAGCUCGUUGUUGAGGUGGUCAGCUCAGUUCGGUGCAGACGUAGCGACUACUUUGGCAGAAAGUUCACCAAUAACAUGAUAUGUGCACAUAAAGUUUGCCCAGACCCCUGUGAUCAACCACUUAAGAAAGAGGACACUUGUGAUGGUGACUCUGGAGGUCCUCUGCUGUACAAUGGCAUUGCAGUGGGCAUUACCUCUAAUGGUGGAAAAAAGUGUGGUCAAAUUAAAAAGCCUGGAAUUUACACUAUCAUCUCCCACUACACUGAGUGGAUUGACAACACCAUGUCCCAGCAGCCUGCUGCAACACAGGACCAGAGCAGUUAAAUAACCUUUAAAGUGUUUUAGCAGUAUAUAUUACAGCAGCUAUCCAGCACAACCCUUGCUUCCACUGAGUCACUUAUUAUUAAUCUACAUAGAUAUGAAGCUAAUAUGUUUAUGUGUUAGACAGAAGUGUUCCUUUCUCAUUUGCAACGAAUGCAUGGACAUAGACAGAAAGAGAUAACACCACUUUAUAAAGGAAUCAAUAAAAUAGUUUAUCACAUUCA